UGUGCGUCGGAGUUUCCAGCAGUUUAAAUAGAUGUUUAGAAAAACAGGUAUUCUGUCCCCAUGGAUGGUGAAUAUUUGUGAUGCCAGUUGAAGAAAGCAUCUGUUAGCCGAGAUAUUCUGGUGAUCGUAUGUUGAAACUGAAUGUCAAUGACUAUGACAUAAGUAAGGGUAGAAGGAAGGUAAUAUUUGUAUUUUCAGUAGAAAAUGGAAGCUUCUGGUCUCUUCCUUCUCCAGCUGCCUGCAGGGAGCCUGCAGCUCACACUCUACCAGUAUAAAACGUGUCCUUUCUGCAGCAAAGUCCGAGCUUUUCUUGAUUAUCAUGGAUUGCCCUAUGAAAUUGUGGAAGUGAACCCGAUAAUGAGAAAAGAGAUCAAAUUCUCUUCUUACAGAAAGGUGCCUAUCCUGCUAGCUAAUGCUGGAAGUCCUCUGCAAUUGAAUGACUCUUCGGUGAUCAUCAGUGCAAUAAAGACGUAUCUCAUUUCCAAGAGAAAUAGCUUAGAAGAGAUCGUCUCCUUUUAUCCUCCUAUGAAAACUGUGACUGAGCAAGGCAAGGAGGUAUUUGAGUAUGGGAAUAAAUACUGGCUCAUGCUGGAUGAGAAGGAGACAAAGCGAGUCUAUCCUGUCAAAGAAGUGAGAGUGGAAGAAAUGAAGUGGAGAAAAUGGGCAGACGAUUGGCUUGUUCACCUCAUCUCCCCCAAUGUUUACCGUACCCCCAGGGAAGCCUUGGCAUCUUUUGAUUACAUUGUCCGUGAGGGGAAGUUUGGCACCGUGGAAGGUUUCUUUGCGAAGUACAUGGGGGCUGUUGCCAUGUUCUUCAUUAGCAAGAGGCUAAAGAAAAGACAUCACCUUCAAGAUAAUGUCCGAGAAGACUUGUAUGAAGCAGUUAAUGAGUGGGUAACAGCUGUUGGCAAACAUCGACUGUUCAUGGGUGGAAACCAGCCAAACCUUGCUGACUUGGCAGUGUACGGGGUCCUCCGAGUCAUGGAGGGGCUGGAAGCCUUUGAUGACAUGAUGGUUCACACCAAGAUUCAGCCUUGGUACCAGCGCAUGGAAGAAGUCAUUCAAAAAGCUGUAGUUGCAGUCUGAUGCCAGCUGCAGCUGCCUUCCUGAAGUACUUGCAUGGUAAAAAACUUCAGAAGGAAUGACACUGACUUUUGAGGAGUUGAACGGACUGGUCACACCUAACGGACUGACGUGCAGGCAGACUGUCCUGUUUAGAAUAUCAGGUUGCAGUGAGCAGAAGGGAUCCAGCUGGGUAUAUAUUUGAACAAGGUAUUUAGAAGAACAGGGACAGGUAAAAAGAUCUUGGACACUGCUGGAAAAGAGAAGCUUUGAACUGAAGAAUGCAGCAAAUAGGCUUCUUUUAGGUGAGAGCCAUUCUCAGUGCAGUUUACUGUAAAAGCAAGAUGCUCUUGGCUAGUGAAUAUUACAGCCAUAUCAGAUACAGUGGGUCUGAGCAGCUUUUGCUUCAGGCUGUCUUCCACUAGUCAUCCAUGUCAUCCAAAGUGUUUUCCUGACUGAGACACUGGAUACUAGUCUUUAAGUGACAAUUUUCCUGCAGUAGAAUCCUGUAAGCCCAGUGCUGAGGGAACUGGAGGAAUCCACCGUACUGGGAAAGGCAUUCCUUCCAGUGGCGGAAGGGAUGCUGCACUCGGCAGAUUGUAUGCUUUUACUGUUCCAUCUAAACGGUUCUUUCAGCACUUGAUUCUGUACGGUCUGCAAGGAUAAAGGCUUGCUUCUUUCUGGGC